UUAUUUUAUUUGUUAGUCUUUGCGUCAAGUGCCGAAGACUGUGUUCAGAAUAAUUACAAUAUAUACAAGUCAUAAUAAUCCAUUCGUCUCUACAGAAAGAAAUGAAUUUCCAAAGUAGUGAAUUUUCUACUCCUGUAGCUGUAAGACAGAAAAUCAAAAAACGAUGGGUAAUCGCUACAUUUCCUGACAGUAAUGAUUACAGUGUUAUACCAACAAAUUGGGUUUUAAAAACAGUCGAUAAUGAUGGCAACACAUUUGAUAAAUGUGUAUGGCCGCCUAGAACGUUUCAUGUUACUAGCGAUUUUUUAAAAGAGGCUGUGGAACCGUCAGAUAAUUGGAUCACUUAUAAAAUAAAACUAUAUGAAAAUGGCAAAGAGUAUAGUGAUUUCAGUAAAGCAUGGUAUAAACAUGUUGCUUUAUCUGAAGAAUCAGCAUCUGAAGUUGAGCAACAACUUUUAACUAUGAAGAAUAAAAAUAAAAGGUUAUAUGGCCAAUCUUCAAUGAUGCUCGAAGAUUCUGAUACUUCGAGUGAUGAAGGUGUCAACAUUUUUCAACAAAAAAAAAAUUAUUAAAGGUCCACAAACUUUAGAUACCAUUUCUGAGCAUCAGUAUACUGAUUUAAGUACCGUAAAUUGGGGCGACUUUGAUAAAGUUUGGUGAUUUUUUUUGUUCUUUUACUUAUAGUUUUUUUAAUACUUAUGCUACAGAUCUCAAAAUAAUGUCGUCGUAUCAAGUACUAUUUUACCAACAUUCCUAUUUUUUUUUUUUUUUUUUUUAAUGAAUAGUUUUUUUUUAAUAAUUUUUUUAAAGUAGCUAUCAAAGUCAAACGGAGUUUGGGGUGACUUUGAUACCCCUAUUUGUUUUAUUGUUAAACUAGUGGUAAUGGUAUGAAAGUUAUAAAUCUCAAACCAUUUUAAAUUU